AUGAAUGGAUUUAUGAAUCCUAUUUUCUAACCUGUUGAUAAUAAUAUCGUAGUAAAAGAAAGAAGAACUUUUCAAAUAUCUAAGCCAAAUUUUAAUUAGUGUUUAGAAUUACCUAAAGAAUAUGAGCGAAUUUUUUCAUCAAUGUCAGACACAUCCUAAACGCUUAAUGAUAGUUUAUUAUUGCCAUUUGAUAAUUAUAACUCUGAGUAGGCACUUUAAUAAUAAAAUAAAAAGUGCCUAUAGAUAAAUAAUUCUGCGUAAUAAUAGAAGAAUUAGAGACAAUUCUUUUAACUUGACAAGAAUCACUUAUAAUAAAUUAUUUAAAUUCUUACAAGCAAGUAUAAAUCACAAUAGUAACCUAAAGAGGAGUAAAUAAUUAAUCAAAUUUAUUAAUCAAAAAAUAUUAAGAAUUCAUCUAAGACAAAAAAAACUCAAAUCAACAAAAUGACAUAUUAAAUAAAAAACGAUCUUCCUCAAAAACAUUAAAUUUUAUCUAAUUAGAAUGAGAAUGAUUAAAAAUCAUUUAAGCAAAGAUCUUCUACCAAUCAUAGUCCAAGAGCUGAAAUUUCACUCAUUACUUCAUGUCCCUAUAGUGCCUAAAAUUUGGAUGUUAAUUCUAAUCAAAAAUUAAAUGAUAUAAAUACCAUUUAUCAAUUAUAGAGAAGAACAAAAUCUUAAUAUAAUCCUAAAUAAAUAAUAAAAAACUAAAUUGAUGAAAUAAAUUAAAAAAUCAAUUAAUUGAAAAUUCUUAUCUUUAAAACAAUCAAAAAUUGUCCUUUUUAACAAUCUAUACAAUAAUAAAUCAAUAAAAUUAUUUAGUAAAAUGAAAAUAGUAAUCUUUUGUAAAGAGAACUUGUUAAUCUAAAAGAUUUUACAAACUCAAAAUCAUUUAAAGAAUAAAAAUAUUAUAUUUACUUCAAUAUUUAAAAAAUAUUAUCUUUGACUAAAGAAAAGUAAAAAAAGUUAUAAUUAAUAAUGAUAUUCAAUAAAGAAGGUUAUUCAAAUGAUAAUCUUCAAAGCCCAAAAAAUAAUUGUAUUUUGUCUAGAUAAACAACAUCAGAUAAUAAUACUGAGGAGAUUUCGGAUGAUAAAAAGAAAUUGUUUUCAUUAAUUGUAAAUAGGAAACUUCAAUUACCUAUCAAUCAUCCAAGUAAAAAUAUAUUACUCUGUGAUUUGUAUGAAAAAGUACAAUAAUUGGGUAUUUAGUAAAGUGAUUGGUAAUAAUUUAUUAUUAAUGAAGUUAAAUUUUGA